AUGGUUGGGUUUGAUGAUAUGAAUGUGGAGAAUGAGCAAAAGGAUGACGAUAAACGUGCGCAAAAUGAACCCAGCGAAACGGACGAUAUGAUGAGAAUAUUGAGCAAACUAUCGCAAGAUCCGACGAAUCUAAACGAUAUUAAAGCGGUGGAGAAGUCGCCGCCGGAGAGCUGCAAGGCGACUGCUGCAAACGCUCCUGCACCAUCAGCAUCGGAAAUGUUCUCGUCUAUCCAACAACAGGAGAAAUUGAAUAGUGGCCGUAAAAAGCCUAAUCAACCGACGAAUAGUGCCAUUCAAAACCGAACAGUGCAGGCACCGAUUGGGAGUAAAAAUAAUUCGCUGGGGAAGAAAUCGAACUGGAAAUCAACAACAAAAGGAAGUGGUAAUCAGCAGAUGGGAUUGCUGGACACGCUGCAUGGACUGAACAGUCCUCACGGCGUAGAGCAAUCGUCUGCAGUUACUGCUGGUGGGAUGAAUGCACCAUAUUUGGAGGCGUUUUCAUCAUUGACCCCGCUAGAAGGUGUUGGUGGUGCUGGUCAGCCGUCCUAUAGCUUUUUCGAUCCAUGGACACUGACAAGUCCCGGUCGGACUCCCUUAACCACGACGACCACAACGACCAGUACAAGUCCAGCACCAGCAUUUUUGUUCACAAUGCCUCCUCCGACGUCCCGACAGGCCUCCGCUUCUUCUUGUGGUGGUGGUGCUCCGGGACCAUUCGUGGCCCCUCCUCCACCUCCUCCACCUCCUUUGCGAUCUCAACCAAAUGUGCUUCAGCGAUCUCGUGAACCACAACAACAACAACAACGUGAAUCACUCCCGACGAGUGUAUAUUCGUUGUUCGAUCGAUUUGAUUCGAGUAUAUUCAGCUUCAGCGAUGAGCAAACUCGGAACAUAUUCCACCCGAUGAAUCCACCGGGUGAUUUUACAACACAACCGAACGCACGUCAUCAACAAAAUCCACUGUUCAGAACGCCGAAAUUCCCGCAGAACUAUCAAUCCGCAUCGAAAUUCUCCCCACAAACCAGCCACUUUUUACCGUCAACGAUACGUUUCCCAACCCCACAAACGCCACCACCGAAUCAUCUGUUCUUCUCCACUUCACCAACUUCACUAAAUUCACUAUCGUUCCAACAGUCACCAACUAAAGUACCCGUCGUCGAAAUGCUCACCACUGGAGUUGCGGAUGGAACUAGAGGCACAGGCAGCAGUUUAACGUCGGCUGCUACAGCAGCUAGCAGUAAGAAUAUGGAUAAGAAAAAGAAUAAGACUAACAUCAAUGUCAGCAAAAAUCUAUCGAAAGAUAGUGAUGAAGAUAAGACUGAUAGAGGUGCUUAUGACAAGCAGAGUUCUUCUGAGAAGAUUGUUGGAAGGAAUUCGGCAGCUGGUAACAAAGAC